AUGUCCGCUACUUGGGUGGAUUAUAAAAAGGCAUAUGACUCUGUUCCACAUUCAUGGCUAAAGAGAGUUUUAGAAAUAUAUAAAAUAGAUGACAAAAUUUGUAAGUUUUUAAGUAAAUUAAUGGGUCAGUGGAACACUGUCCUAAAUCUACCAGGUGAGUGGCAAAGUAGUUCGAUAGACUCUAUAAAUAUUAAGCGGGGUAUAUUCCAGGAUGAGAGUUUGAGCCCAACUUGGUUUUGUUUAGCCCUGAAUCCUUUAAGCACUGCUAUUGAGGAAUCUGGAUUUUGGUUUCGGUUUCGAAAAGAAAACUCACCCAUCUCACAUCUUCUUUACAUGGAUGAUCUCAAUUUAUUCACAUCAAAAGAGAGUAUUCUACUAUUUUUGUUGAAACUAACACAAAGUUUGAACAAUGAUAUUAGAAUGGAAUUUGGAAUAGAUAAAUGUGCUGUUAUCAACGUAAAUAGGGGCAAAAUUAAAGAUUGUAAUAAUUUUGCAAUUACAAAUGACUUACAUUUCAGUUCUCUUUCUGAAACAGAAACCUAUAAAUACUUGGGCACGGCAGAAGCGCUAGAAAUUAAUGACAAAAAUAUUAAAGAAAAUUAA